AUGAGGGGUCAUGGGGAGGGGGGAGGAGAGGGGGAAGGAGAGGGGGAGGGAGAGGGGGAUGCGGAUGGCGGGGGGGAGAUGUGGGAGGGCGGAGGGCAGGAGAAGGCACAAAGUGAAGGAAAGACAUCAAGGGGCAUAGAGAAGGGUGUAGAGAAGGGUGUAGAGAAGGGUGUAGAGAAGGGUGUAGAGAAGGGUGUAGAGAAGGGUGUGGAGAAGGGUGUAGAGAAGGGUGUGGAGAAGGGUGUGGAGAAGGGUGUGGAGAAGGGUGUAGAGAAGGGUGUAGAGAAGGGUGUGGAGAAGGGUGUGGAGAAGGGUGUGGAGAAGGGUGUGGAGAAGGGUGUGGAGAAGGGUGUGGAGAAGGGUGUGGAGAAGGGUGUGGAGAAGGGUGUGGAGAAGGGUGUGGAGAAGGGUGUAGAGAAGGGUGUAGAGAAGGAUGUAGAGAAGGGUGUAGAGAAGGGUGUAGAGAAGGGUGUGGAGAAGGGUGUGGAGAAGGGUGUGGAGAAGGGUGUGGAGAAGGGUGUGGAGAAGGGUGUGGAGAAGGGUGUGGAGAAGGGUGUGGAGAAGGGUGUGGAGAAGGGUGUAGAGAAGGGUGUGGAGAAGGGUGUGGAGAAGGGUGUGGAGAAGGGUGUGGAGAAGGGUGUGGAGAAGGGUGUAGAGAAGGGUGUAGAGAAGGGUGUGGAGAAGGGUGUGGAGAAGGGUGUGGAGAAGGGUGUGGAGAAGGGUGUGGAGAAGGGUGUGGAGAAGGGUGUAGAGAAGGGUGUAGAGAAGGGUGUAGAGAAGGGUGUAGAGAAGGGUGUAGAGAAGGGUGUAGAGAAGGGUGUAGAGAAGGGUGUAGAGAAGGGUGUAGAGAAGGGUGUAGAGAAGGGUGUGGAGAAGGGUGUGGAGAAGGGUGUGGAGAAGGGUGUGGAGAAGGGUGUGGAGAAGGGUGUAGAGAAGGGUGUAGAGAAGGGUGUAGAGAAGGGUGUAGAGAAGGGUGUAGAGAAGGGUGUAGAGAAGGGUGUAGAGAAGGGUGUAGAGAAGGGUGUAGAGAAGGGUGUAGAGAAGGGUGUGGAGAAGGGUGUGGAGAAGGGUGUAGAGAAGGGUGUAGAGAAGGGUGUGGAGAAGGGUGUGGAGAAGGGUGUGGAGAAGGGUGUGGAGAAGGGUGUGGAGAAGGGUGUGGAGAAGGGUGUGGAGAAGGGUGUGGAGAAGGGUGUGGAGAAGGGUGUGGAGAAGGGUGUAGAGAAGGAUGUAGAGAAGGGUGUAGAGAAGGGUGUAGAGAAGGGUGUGGAGAAGGGUGUGGAGAAGGGUGUGGAGAAGGGUGUGGAGAAGGGUGUGGAGAAGGGUGUGGAGAAGGGUGUGGAGAAGGGUGUGGAGAAGGGUGUGGAGAAGGGUGUAGAGAAGGGUGUGGAGAAGGGUGUGGAGAAGGGUGUGGAGAAGGGUGUGGAGAAGGGUGUGGAGAAGGGUGUAGAGAAGGGUGUAGAGAAGGGUGUAGAGAAGGGUGUAGAGAAGGGUGUAGAGAAGGGUGUAGAGAAGGGUGUGGAGAAGGGUGUGGAGAAGGGUGUAGAGAAGGGUGUGGAGAAGGGUGUGGAGAAGGGUGUAGAGAAGGGUGUAGAGAAGGGUGUGGAGAAGGGUGUGGAGAAGGGUGUGGAGAAGGGUGUGGAGAAGGGUGUGGAGAAGGGUGUAGAGAAGGGUGUGGAGAAGGGUGUGGAGAAGGGUGUGGAGAAGGGUGUGGAGAAGGGUGUGGAGAAGGGUGUGGAGAAGGGUGUGGAGAAGGGUGUGGAGAAGGGUGUGGAGAAGGGUGUGGAGAAGGGUGUGGAGAAGGGUGUAGAGAAGGGUGUAGAGAAGGGUGUAGAGAAGGGUGUAGAGAAGGGUGUGGAGAAGGGUGUGGAGAAGGGUGUGGAGAAGGGUGUGGAGAAGGGUGUGGAGAAGGGCGUGGAGAAGGGUGUGGAGAAGGGUGUGGAGAAGGAUGUGGAGAAGGGUGUAGAGAAGGGUGUAGAGAAGGGUGUGGAGAAGGGUGUGGAGAAGGGUGUGGAGAAGGGUGUGGAGAAGGGUGUGGAGAAGGGUGUGGAGAAGGGUGUAGAGAAGGGUGUAGAGAAGGGUGUAGAGAAGGGUGUAGAGAAGGGUGUAGAGAAGGGUGUGGAGAAGGGUGUGGAGAAGGGUGUGGAGAAGGGUGUGGAGAAGGGUGUGGAGAAGGGUGUGGAGAAGGGUGUGGAGAAGGGUGUGGAGAAGGGUGUGGAGAAGGGUGUAGAGAAGGGUGUAGAGAAGGGUGUAGAGAAGGGUGUAGAGAAGGGUGUAGAGAAGGGUGUAGAGAAGGGUGUAGAGAAGGGUGUAGAGAAGGGUGUAGAGAAGGGUGUAGAGAAGGGUGUAGAGAAGGGUGUGGAGAAGGGUGUGGAGAAGGGUGUAGAGAAGGGUGUAGAGAAGGGUGUAGAGAAGGGUGUAGAGAAGGGUGUAGAGAAGGGUGUAGAGAAGGGUGUGGAGAAGGGUGUGGAGAAGGGUGUGGAGAAGGGUGUGGAGAAGGGUGUGGAGAAGGGUGUGGAGAAGGGUGUGGUGGGGCCCGAAGGGCACCUCAACGGCGUGCUGCUCCUCAUCGUAGCACAGCAGAGUGUGCGAGUGGGUAUUGUGGUUGGAAAUGCAAGCAGGGCAUACAAGGCGAGAAGGGUGUAG